UUCUCCCUGCGGCUGAUUCGAAGGUUUGUGUUGUCACUAGCGGCCCGGGCAGAGCCUGUGCCUGCGGGGCCAUGCCGUCGGAGAGUCGCUGCUGGGAGACGCUGCAGGCGCUGCGCAACUCCAGCAAAGGUCGCCUCUGCUACCAGCGCGACUGGCUACUGCGUUAUGAGGAUGCUUUGGAAGAAUGCAUGUCUCUGCCCAAGCUAUCUUCUUACUCUGGAUGGGUGGUAGAUCAUGUCCUCCCCCACACCUCACCCCACACGCAAGAGAACUCCCCUUCCUCUGAGAUGUCACCAGCUUCUGGAUGUACUUUGGGCCUAGACCAACCGUCGCUUCUUUCCAAGUCUCCUGUCAGAAGUUCGUCAGCGUCCCCCACAACACCAAAUGAAACUGAGGGCACACAUGAGCCCCAGCACACAGAACCUAUGGCACUUCUGUCCUCCCGUGCAAUCAAAGUGGAGGGCUGCAUACGAAUGUAUGAAUUAAUGCAUAGAAUGAAAGGAACGGAGGGCCUGAGGCAAUGGCAGGAGGAACAGGAGAGGAAGGUUCGAGCCCUUUCUGAGAUGGCGUCUGAACAGCUGAAGCGGUUUGAUGAGCUGAAGGAACUGAAGCAACAUAAGGAAUUCCAGGACCUUCAGGAGGUAAUGGAGAAGAGUACCAGGGAAGCCCUGGGCCACCAGGAGAAGCUGAAAGCUGAGCAUCGCCACAGAGCCAAGAUUCUAAACCUGAAGCUGCGGGAGGCAGAGCAGCAGCGUGUGAAGCAGGCUGAGCAGGAGCAGCUGCGGAAGGAGGAAGGCCAGGUCCGCCUGCGCAGCCUCUAUGCCCUGCAGGAGGAGAUCCUGCAGCACAACCAGCAGCUAGAUGCUUCUGACCAGCACAGAGACCUGCUGAACAUCGACUUGGCUGCCUUCCAGACCCGGGGCAACCAGCUGUGCAGCCUCAUCUCUGGGAUCAUUCGCACCACUGUGGAGAGUGGCUAUCCCACAGCAGAAAACCAAGCAGAGGCCGAGCGAGCCCUGCAGGAGAUGCGACACCUUCUUUCUACCUUGGAGCAAGAGAUCACCAGAGCCUGUGAAGACAAGAAAAGGCGAGAUAAAGAGGAGGCUCAGGUCAAGCUUGGAGAAUCACAGGUGCAGCAGGGAACAGGGGCUCCCACACAGUCUGUAGCCCCCAAUCAGGGCUUAGGACCAUCAAAGAAUGAAGGCCUGCAGGUGAAGGUCCAAGACAGUACAAUGCAGUGGUACCAGCAGCUUCAGGAUGCUUCCACCCAGUGCAUGUUGGCCUUUGAGGGCCUGACCAGCAGCAAGGACAGCCAGGUCAAAAAGGUAAAGAUGGACCUGCAGAAGGCUGCUACCAUCCCAGUGAGCCAAAUCUCCACCAUUGCAGGCUCGAAGCUGAAGGAGGUCUUUGACAAGAUCCACUGCCUACUCUCUGGAAAGCCUGUACAAUCUGGUGGGCGCUCUGUGUCUGUCACACUUAACCCACAGGGGCUGGACUUUGUCCAGUACAAACUGGCAGAGAAAUUUGUGAAACAAGGUGAAGAGGAAGUGGCCUCUCACCAUGAAGCAGCGUUCCCCAUUGCAGUGGUGGCGUCCGGGAUCUGGGAGCUGCACCCCAGAGUGGGAGACCUCAUCCUUGCUCAUCUGCACAAGAAGUGCCCUUACUCAGUUCCUUUCUACCCAGCUUUUAAGGAAGGGAUGGUUUUGGAAGACUAUCAGCGGAUGCUUGGCUACCAAGUGGAGGGUUCCAAGGUAGAACAGCAAGACAACUUUCUAAAACGCAUGUCUGGGAUGAUCCGUCUCUAUGCUGCCAUCAUCCAGCUCCGGUGGCCGUAUGGGAACCAGCAAGUGGCUCACCCUCAUGGCUUAAAUCAUGGCUGGCGCUGGUUAGCACAGAUAUUAAACAUGGAACCUCUAUCAGAUGUGACAGCUACCCUCCUAUUUGACUUCUUGGAGGUAUGUGGUAAUGCCCUAAUGAAGCAGUACCAGGCCCAGUUCUGGAAGAUGAUUCUGCUCAUCAAAGAGGCCUACUUCCCCAGAAUUGAAGCCAUCACAAGCUCAGGACAGAUGGGUUCUUUCAUACGUCUAAAGCAGUUCCUGGAGAAAUGUUUGCACCACAGGGAGAUUCCUAUUCCCAAAGGCUUUCUGCCUUCCUCCUUCUGGCGUUCCUGAUGUCCCUUUGUCAUCAGCCAUCACGUUAUGUUGGAGAAGGGCAGUAACAAAGCAACUGAAGACAGCUCUACUUGGAAGAAAUCAUGUCUGAUUUGGAAAUUUGUCAUUGUGUUUAUGUAUUUGUACCAUGUGACUAAGAGAUUUUUCACAGGUCACAAAAUUAUGGCAGUCCCUCUGAAGACUUGAUAGCUCCUAUAGGUGCCUGCAUAAUGGAGGAACUGGACCUGGCCUUGCUGAUGUUUACAAAUUAUAGGAAGAAGUGUUCAGUGCUCGGAUGCAUCUUUUGUAGUAUCUUUCCUUUGUCUGUAGUACCUUUCACAAAAUUGAUGAGAUUAAACCACUUUACGCAGACCUGGAGUGAGCCCACCAUUUUUAUCUCCAACCCCUACCCCACCUCUAUCCCACCCCUUUUUGCAUGUAUCCUCAGAAAGAGUAAGGCUCCCUAGAUUCCCUUUAAAGUAUCAUGUAAUAGUUGAAGCCAAAUCCUGCCACACAAGUCUGGGUUGUACUGAUUUUACAAGCACUUAAAAAUGUAGAUGAAGCUGUUAAUCCCAGCACUCAGGAGGCAGAGGUAGGAGGAUUGCUGUGAGUUCAAGGCCACCCUGAGACUCCAUAGUGAAUUCCAGCUCAGCCUGGGCUAGAGUGAGACCCUAUCUCGAAAAAAAAAAAAAAAAGGUAGGCGACAUGAGUGAUGUAGGCAUGGACUGCAUCGGGUGUAGGUUAACUAGGUAUCUGAAUUGGGCCUGGAAACAUGGAACUAUGGAACAGUCUUUGUCCCUUUUUAAUCUGACCCCUGUGUGACUGGGAACGCAUGCACCUGAAUGGGUACCCACUUUUGUUGUUUUUCAGUCUAAGAUGGGCUGAUAUAUGGCUGGCAGCAUUAUAUGUGAGCUGAGCAUCCAUGAGCAAUGAAUUUGGGUUAAAGGUGCUCUGGAGGAAAUGAAUCCUCAGAUACAAGUUGAUGUUUGUUUGUUUUGUAGAAGGAAACAGCCCUCUGAUCUGCUUCUCUGUCCUAAGUGCCUGGGGUGGGUAUUCAUUGGAACUCUUAAGUGGCUGGAUGCAACCCCUUGUAUCAAUUGUUGACUGUAGUGCCAAAACAUAAGUAAUAAAGUUUGCCUUUUUUAAAA